CUUCAUUAUAUGUUACAUUAUUCUGGGAUUUGUAGUCCAGCAACAGCUACAUAUAAUAGAAUAUACAUAUUCCAAUCCAUAGCAAUGUCAGAAACAACUUGUAAGAGAACACACCCAUUCUGUCAAGGAUUUAUUUGUUUGGUUUUUUUUUCGAAGAUAAAAGUGAAAGUAUUUUUGGCAUUUACUGCAGAGUAGCCAGUCAUAAAAAAGAAACAGGUGCUUGGAGUGACCAGGAAGAGAAAAGAAAAAGAAUUACGAGAGAAAGAGCAAUAGAUAGAGACGAAAAAGGGGACGAAUAUCGACAGGAUAAGGAAAAACAAACAGAAUUCUCUAAGUUUUGAGUCGUCGGCCACAGGGAGAAUAAGUAUGAAAAGGACCAAGGAGAGUACAAGGCAGAUUGUGGGUAUCAGCUCCAGGUGCCCUCAGUGUAACCUUCAGUGGAUGAUAGAGCUUCUGUCUUCUGAUUUCUCUGAGCUUGUGUCAGAGGUGACGUAUCUUCCCAUCUCUAACGAUAACUCAGAUAAGUGGGAGAAGAAAAUACAAGGAUGUUCUAUUGGAAUAUUAUACCAUAGCCUGAAUCAUGGACGGAUCAACAUCACUGAUGUAGAAGGAUCUCUGUAUGACAAGGAGCUUCUCUACAUGUCCCAGUGUCUAGGCAAGGAGAAUGUUAUGGUUGUGCUGGAUGAUAUAGAGCAACCCAACAAGGAGGAAACUCAGAGGAUCCAAAGAACCCAGCCCAGCAUCAAUAAUUGCUCGUCUCUUCUCCUUCUAACGGCAAAUAAGGAUAAAGAAACAGACUUUCUAUCCCAGAUUAAUGCAAUUUCUGAGCUUCUGAAUAGAGGGAAAUAUCUGCACUCAAUGGGAAAUCAGCCAUCUAAAAUAUUUGCCCAUUCAUUGGGCAGAACUGAUCGCCACUCCAAACAAACUCAGUCAUUUGAUGAUGGUGCAACUCCACAAUCUGCCAGAAAGAGUCCAAACCUGAACAUUCCGUGUUCGCAAAAGUAUUCAGUCGGUGUCUUCUCCAGGUGUGCCCAGAGCAAUUAUGACUGGCUUGUGGGGCUGCUGACAAGUGGAGACUUUGGGAACCUAGUGAGGGAGGUCCAUGCUGUGGAAAUAUCCAAUGAUUAUUCGGAAUUUUUUUCUGCUAUAAAUAACUACACAUUUGCCAUUCUCUAUCAUUCACUCAACUACGGGCGCCUCAGUAUUACUAAUGUGACCGACUCCUUGUAUGACGAACACCUGGAGACCUUAUCAAAGUGCCUUGGCAAGGAGAAAGUCAUUGUGGUCCUUGAUGACUUGGAAGAUAGCAGUUCUGAGGAGAAGAGGAAGAUACUCCAUGAACAGCCAAGCAUUGAGCGAUAUUCCCAGGAACUCCUCCUCAUUAGUGAAACCGAAAAGAAGGCAGGAAUUAAUAACUCUCACACUAUGCAGGGCAAACUGGAGAAACUCAAGCAAACCUUGGAGACCAGACCAAAAUCCCACCCAUCAUCUUCAUUUACUCAUGAGAAUUUCUCCAGUACAGAAGCAAGACCAUCUUGGUCAGACUUGGCCACCGGGGCAUCGGGAAUAAACAUGAUCCCUGGAUGGUACCCCCCCGAGUCGACCGAAAACCCCCCAUGCACUAAAGGUGAAGGUACCACCCCGUCUCCUGCAGACACAGCACAAGUUUCUGCUCCUGUUUCUAAGGGAUUAGGAUCAGAUGGACCCCCGAUUAACAACCAGGUCCUUGAUAUGUUGGAUCAGAUAUUAAGCGAUGUGAAGCAAAUAGACAAGAAGAUAUCCAGCCAGACACGGCAACUUGAAGAGUGUAAGGAGGAGAUAUCGAAGUUGACUCGGCAGAAUGAAGAGUUAAAGAAGGUUUUUCAGGAGUUCGAAGAUUCUAAGAAAAAUCAUUGUGAAUUGUGCUCUCAGCAUAAGAAAAAGAAAGAGGAGUCAGAACCAGACCUGCAGCCUCAUUCUUCAAAUGCAGUCGCACUGAUAAACAAUUCUACUCCAUGAAGCCCCCAGAAACAUACAUCCACAACUCCAAAAAAAAGCUCCAAUUACGGGAAGGCCAUCUCCCAUGGAGCCCAUUUUAGGCAAAUAAUUUUUUUUAAUGAUUCCCUUUUCUCUGUAAUAAUAAAACAGUACCUGUACU